AGGUGUGAACUUUGUGAACUGGGUCAAGGUGCAUCACAGGUGUGUUCUAAUGUAUUUCCUGCUGUACUGACUCACCUAAUAAUGUGGUGUAAUUUCAUAUCUCAUUGUAGAUCCACAGUUUUGAUGAAUGCAGUGUCACAGGGGCCUACACGAGUGGAGCAAAAAAAUUAGUGCGGAGUCUAACACGCGCCGACAGCACUUUUUUUGACGAGCUUCCUUUCAUCCCUCAACUGGCGCCACCAGGACCUGACACCACCAAGGCUUUGACAAGUUUCUCAGGACGGGACACUGAGAGUCUUCGAAGGGAGAAGCCAGGACCUCCAUCUCCCCUCUUCUGCUUAUCUCUGGCCUCUACUGCUGACAAUGGACAUGUUCCUUCCUCAUCCGGCCCUUCAGUGGUCUUUGGUCCGCCUGGGCCUCCUUCUCCACUCCUAAAAUCUGACCUUGAAAUUCCAAACACAGACUUGCCACCGAGUCAGGACCUGUCUCCACCCAGUUCACUCUCUGUAGUCGUGUGCCAGCACCUCCCCCGUCCUUCUUCCUCGGGAGAACUUCAGAACACAGUUUACUCCCAGUCUCCAAAUCUGCCUUCUACUGCCUCAUUUACCUCUGUCACACUGAUUUCCUCCCCUAAAUCUUCCUCAUUGAUUAGCAGGGUAGAGGGGACUAAAUCCAUGGAGACAGAUGUUCCAUCCCAAGACCUUGAAGGCAAAACAUGCUGUUCUUCUCCAAAGGACCCUCCUCCUGAUUUAUCGCUUGCACCAUCUCCAAAUGUGGGUUGUCGCUUUUAUACUACGUCUUCUAUACAGUACGAAUUUAGAAGUCUGCAGGACUCUGAAUGGACUUCAGUGUCUUUGCCUGAAGACCACAUCCCUGCUUCUGGUUUCUUACCAUCUCUGCUUCCCUAUCUAUUCCCAUCUGCCACUCCCAAUCUUCCCUGUGCAUCCAAUUUAGCCUUAAAAGAGUCCAUCUCACACAGUCCCGAAAAAAUCCAAGUGGGCCUCUGUACUCUGAAUACACAAAAGGAAGAGCCCUCUUCCCUCUAUUUUCAGUUGGAUAAGGAAGGUCCCUCAGUUCUGUCCUCACUUGUUUUUGACUCUCGUAAUUCAGAUGUUGUCACGGAUCGAGCUGGUGGAAAGAAUUCAGACCUGACGGAGCCGGACAUUCCCGGACAAAGCAGAAAAUAUUGUAAUGAGGAUAGGAAAUACUUGGCUACAGGCUCUUGCAGCCGUGAAGUUGUUCAUGUCCAGAAGGAAAAGAUAUAUUUACACUCAAAGGACAUGCUUCAGAGGAAGGAAAAGGGUGAGAGAAGUACUGACACUGUGCAGGCCCAAGAUGUUGAUGCUGAGCGUAGUGCUGGUCUGUCAGGACCUUCUGCAUCAGUCUAUAUAGAUGUAUGUGGCCAGAAAGAAACAGACUCUCAGCUCGUUUCUGUGCUUCCACCUAAAACAAAACAGAAACAGUUUAGAAAGGUCUACCAGACAGGAGUCAAUGGCACAGAAAGUGAAUCAUCUAGAACUAAUCUAAUGUCACAUAACCAGGAUCCAGAGCUGCAUAGCAGCGCUGAAGUUAAACCAAAUAAUCUCAGUGAGUUGGAAAGCUUAGACCUGGUGAUGGAAACCUCGGUGGAUGGUUCAGACAAUGAAAAUGAGGACAUGACAGACUUUUUUCAACAGCUUGACACUGAAGGGCAUAUUUACUGGGCAGAACCAGUCCAGGUUUCCAAUCCUACACUUGUGUCUGAGGAGUUGGGCAGUUUUAAAGGCUCACCAGAGAAUUCUCUGGUACCUGGAGGUCCUGCUGAUCCCAACUCAUUUUCAUCCACCGGUAAAUCUGUGCAUUUAUCUUCGUCAUCCCAUACAGACUAUGAACAGAGCUCCUCAGAUACAUCUUCCUCCCUCACAGUGGUUCCAGUCCUAUCCUUGUCCACCACAGACUUCAAUCCAUCAAACCACUCAGUUUCUGCCGAGGGGCCUUUAUUCCUGUCCUCUCAUAUUGUCCACAGGAAGGAUGUCCCCUACAUGACUGAGUUGAAACACAACCCAGUCCCUGGCAUUCUCCCGUUAGACACCUCCACCCCUUUCCGUGCUGUCCAGUCAUGGACGGACCUGCAAAUCCAGCGCAACCUUCUCUCCAGGAAGUUACUGAAUGGAUCUUUUCAUUCUGCAGCAAACGAAGUGACACAGAGACCCACAGUGGACUUCUCUCCAUCUCCACCUUUCCCCCGGCCGUCUAAUGACAGGCAGACACACGACUCUGAGACGGCUGGAAAUCAAGAGACUGGUUUGGUCUCUAUGGAUGGAGAACUGUGGCCAGAUAAACAGGAGGAGAUGGACGUGAAUGGAAAAGAAGAUGAGGAGAACAUGUGUAAGACAGACACGGUGACACGCUGCUGCCUCUGUGACCAGUGCUCUAAUCAGAAGAGUUACAGCAAACAACACAAUCCUGUGAACGCCAGUGACAACAUGAUGCUGAGUCUGAAACUGUUUCGCUCUGUGCUCAGUAUGAUGGAAGAGGAGCUUUCUGAAGACCAGGCUUUAGUUUACAGUGCUCUCUCUGACAAGGAAAGGUUUAAGGUUCGAGAAAUCGAACAGCUGAGAUGCGCCGUGAAGCGAGAGGCUGGAGAGCUGGAGAUGCAGUUGAAGGAAGUGGCUCAUCAGUGUGACGGCAGCUUGCACCUGAAAAUGCGUCGCUUGCUGGAUGAGCAGUCCCGGCUGUCCUCUGAGCUCGGAGGUUUCCUACCUGAAGUCGUGCCCACAUGAAGGAGACCCGUCCCCGGUGGGACGGCAGCCACUUAGCGAUGUCUCCCGUCCCGACUCCAAACAG